AUGGGUACGGUGGAGAUAGAGGCUCCGGCCCUGAAACUCGCCGGAGAAGAUGUAAAAGACGACGAGAUCUCGCCUAUAGAGGAAGUUCGAUUGACGGUGCCCAACACCGACGACCCGACCCUGCCGGUAUGGACAUUUCGAAUGUGGGUCCUGGGCUUGGUCUCCUGUGUGCUGCUCUCAUUUCUCAACCAGUUUUUCUCUUACCGGAGAGAGCCGUUGAUCAUCACAUCUAUCACCGUCCAGAUGGCCACACUCCCCAUCGGACGGUUCAUGGCGGCGGCGCUGCCCGCCGCCAAGUUUCGGGUCCCCGGGUUCGGGUCCCGACAGUUCUCGCUGAACCCGGGCCCGUUUAACAUGAAGGAGCACGUGCUGAUCACCAUCUUUGCUAACGCCGGCUUCGCGUUCGGAAACGGCUCGGCUUAUGCCGUCGGAAUCGUCAAUAUCAUCAUCGCUUUUUACCGGAGAAAAAUCUCAUUCUUUGCUGGUUGGAUUCUCAUUAUCACCACCCAGGUUCUUGGAUACGGUUGGGCCGGACUUCUCAGAAAAUAUGUUGUUGAACCGGCUCAUAUGUGGUGGCCCAGCACCCUCGUACAAAUCUCUUUAUUCCGGACACUCCACGAAAAGGAAGAAGAAGAAGGCGGCGGCGGCGAGGAAGUAAACGGCGGCGCCGGCAACCAGCGCCGCCGCAUGUCCCGGGCAAAAUUCUUUGUGAUCGCAUUAUGCUGCAGUUUCUGCUGGUAUUUCUUCCCAGGAUACAUCUUCCAAACUCUGUCAAGCAUUUCAUGGGUAUGCUGGGUAUUUCCGAAUUCCGUGACGGCCCACCAGCUGGGUUCGGGCCUGAACGGGCUGGGCCUCGGAGCUCUAACGUUGGAUUGGUCCACAAUCGCCUCCUUCUUGUUCAGCCCUCUCGUCUGUCCGUUCUUCGCAAUCGCCAACGUUUUUGUGGGAUAUGUGGUGCUAAUGUAUGUAGUGAUACCUAUAUCUUACUGGGGGCUUAAUGUGUACAGUGCCAAAAAUUUUCCCAUAUAUUCUUCGGAUUUGUUCAUUGCACAGGGUCAGGGAUAUGAUAUAUCGGCCAUUGUGAAUAAGGAAUUUGAGCUGGAUAUAGAUCAGUAUGGGAAGCAAGGGAGGAUUUCUUUGAGUACAUUUUUUACUCUAAGCUAUGGUUUUGGAUUCGCCACCAUUGCUUCCACCAUCACUCAUGUUGCCUUGUUUUAUGGAAGAGAAAUAUAUGACCGUUAUCAAGCUUCUUCAAAGGGAAAGAUGGAUAUUCAUACAAAAUUGAUGAAAAACUACAAAGACAUUCCUUCAUGGUGGUUUUAUCUCCUCCUUGUGGUGACCAUUGUUGUCUCACUUGCAUUAUGCAUCUUCCUAAAGGAUGAGGUCCAAAUGCCUUAUUGGGGACUCAUAUUUGCAGCUGCCCUGGCUUUCAUGUUUACCCUUCCCAUAAGUAUCAUCACUGCCACCACAAACCAGACGCCAGGAUUGAAUAUAAUCACAGAGUACAUUAUGGGUGUAAUCUAUCCUGGAAAACCAAUAGCUAAUGUUUGCUUCAAGACGUAUGGCUACAUGAGCAUGACUCAAGCAAUUGCGUUUCUCAGUGAUUUCAAGCUUGGCCAUUACAUGAAAAUCCCUCCAAGAUCCAUGUUUUUGGUUCAGUUCAUUGGAACCAUGAUUGCAGGAACAGUGAAUAUGGGCGUUGCCUGGUGGCUUCUGCACUCCGUGGACAACAUCUGCCACCAAGACAAAUUAUCAAACAGCCCGUGGACAUGCCCUAGCGAUCGCGUCUUCUUCGAUGCAUCCGUGAUUUGGGGCCUCGUAGGUCCCAAAAGAAUCUUCGGCAACGAAGGCAACUACAGAGCUCUCAAUUGGUUCUUCCUUGGAGGAAUUUUAGGGCCAAUAAUCGUAUGGCUAUUGCACAAGAAAUUCCCUUCACAAUCCUGGAUUCCGCUCAUCAACCUCCCAGUGCUGCUCGGCGCCACCGCGUCCAUGCCGCCGGCGACUGCCUUGAACUAUACCUCGUGGAUUCUGGUGGGGACGAUCUUCAACUUCUUCGUUUUCAGGUACCGGAAGAAAUGGUGGCAGAGGUAUAACUAUAUUCUCUCGGCGGCGUUGGAUGCCGGGGUUGCUUUCAUGGCGGUGUUGUUGUACUUCACUGUAGGGUUGGAAAACAAGAGUGUAUCGUGGUGGGGCACCAAUGACCCGGAGCAUUGCGAUCUUGCAACGUGUCCUACUGCUAAGGGUAUUGCCGUUGAUGGUUGCCCCGUCUUUUAGUUACUACUCCGUAUUUGCUAUUUAACAUUCAAGAUUCACCAAAAUUCUUCAUGUUACACUGUGACAUAAUAUGUGUUAUUGAUGAAAU